AUGACGGGGCUGGUGACUCAGCGGGACUUUGGGCACGACGUUGAUGGAGCUGGAGAAAUGAGAAGCAAAAGAAAGUCGAAUGGUCGCCACAAACCUGAUUGCGACUACUUGUGGCACUUGGCCUGCUAUGUGGGUGCUGGGCCAGCGAACGGCGAGAUCGACAUCAUCGAGUUCCCAAAUCUCGUUUGCGACAAUCUCAUGGCUCUGCACACCAGCGAGGAUUGCACGAUUGCGGGCACUGGAGAGUCAGGUACUUUGUUGACAAACGACUGUGGUGCCGGUGGUGGAUUUGCUGGUUGCUACACGUCGCCCAAGAAAGCCAACUCAGCCGGCACAAACUUCAACGAAGGAGGCGGCGGUGUCUAUGCGAUGGAGUGGACAUCCGUUGCCAUUCGAAUCUGGUUCUUUCCUCGCGGACACAUUCCACCAACCGUCCUCAGCUCUCACCCAGAUCCAUCAAAGUUCGGUGUCCCAGAUGCCAACUUCGAAGGUGGAUGUGACAUCGACAAGUACUUCAGGAAUGGCACCCUGAUUUUCAACAUCGAGUUCUGUGGCACUUGGGCUGGACCAACAUUCGUCUCAGAUGGAUGCCCCGCUCUCAAUAUCACCAGCCAGUGGAGCUCAUGCAACAUGUUCGUGGCCGCAAACCCGGAUGCCUACAAGGACUCAUACUUCGCCGUCAACUAUGUCCAUGUGUACACCACGACGCCAGGAAGUCCUCCACCUCCAAGCAGUGUCCUGUCUUCGAUUUUACCAGUAGCUAAGCCUGGCACCACCGACGACUGUUUCGGCUUCAACCUCGAGUACAACAACGUCUACGAGCACAACGACUACGACUCCACCGCCGCCGCAACCGCCUUCCAGUCUGUCAAGUCCACCAACUUCAGCACCAUCGCCGACAAGCUCGACUCCGCCUACCGAUCCAUCGGCCCAGGUUUCUGA